AUGUCUGCCCCGUCAGCCUUUGCGGCUGGCCGUCCUCCAUCCAUGCCUGCUGGCAAUCAAUAUGAGAUACGAGACUACUACUCCAACCAAGACCCACCUCGGUCUUUACCACACAAUGCACCAUCCAUCACACCCUACCUUGGCCUCCGGGCUCGACUAUCACAGAUCUGGUUCAAUCGAUGGACCAUUCUCCUCCUACUUGUUCUUAUUCGCACCCUUAUUGCUAUCGCUGGCAUCGACAACAAUUUAGCUUCAGCACGGCGCGAAGCACUUUCAGCAUGUUCCGAAGUUGAAUCGAUGGGUUCUACCAUGGCCUCCAUGCCUCAUUACAUGUCUCAAGGUGUCAAUGAGCUGGCCGCCAAAGGUGUCGAGAAAUCAGUCAACGGCCUCAUGGAAAUGUCGACGUUGAGUGUGACAGCAGUCGAAGAGAUAGCAGUCUUUGUCAUCGGUAUGAUGACCAAUACCUACCUUUGCCUCAUCACACUCGCAGUGACUGGAAGUCUACAAUCCGUCAUUGGAGUUCUUGAUUCUGCGCAAAAAGGCCUGAACACAUUGACCAAGACCCUUGGCGAUGACUUAGGCAGUGUAGUCGGAGAUUUCGAGGACAAAUAUAACUCUUUGGUGAAGAGUCUAUCUUCAUUCUUCUCAAUUGGCGGUCAAAUUCCUACUCCCCCAACACUCGACCUUAGCAAGCAGGAAGAUGCCGUGAGAAAACUCCAGCUCCCACCAAACCUCGAUGCCGAACUUCAGAAGCUCAAUAAGUCAAUCCCCACCUUUGACGAAGUCAAAAAUUUCACGGAAUCCAUUAUCCGGCUCCCAUUUGAAGAAGUCAAGAAGCUCAUGGCUGAAUCCAUGGGCAAUUACACCUUCAAUCGUUCAGUAUUCCCUGUCCCACAGAAAGAACAACUCAGUUUCUGUGGCGAAGAUGAUGGUAUCAAUGACUUCUUCAACAAGCUAACAGGUCUCGCUCACCUUGCCCGUCGUGUUUUUAUUGGUGUUCUGGUUGUCCUCGCCGUCCUGGUCAUGAUUCCAAUGGCCUGGCGAGAAAUCAAACGAUAUCGCAGAGCCCAAGAACGCAGUCUCCUUGUCAAUGCCAACGCCCGUGAUCCCAUGGACAUUGUCUAUCUUGUCAGCAGGCCAUACUCUUCUUCCGCAGGUUUGAAGCUGUCACGAGGCUACGAAUCGCAGCGAAAGAAAAACCUGAUCAGAUGGGUCAUUGCGUAUGCCACGAGUGAGGCUGCAUUGUUCGUUCUAGCAAUCGCACUUGCUGGCCUUUUUGCCUGUCUCUGUCAAGCCAUUCUACUUUCGGCUUUGGCAAAGCAAGUCCCUGCCCUCAGUGAUCAAGUUGGUGCUUUCAGUGACAAAGUCGUGGCUCAACUCAAUAAUGCAUCAGAACAAUGGGCAGUGGGUACUAACGCGGUCAUUACGUCAACAGGGCAAGAUAUCAAUACAGACAUGCUUGGCUGGGUCAACACAACGACAACUGCAAUCAACGAUACUUUGAACAUGUUUGUCGACAAAACAACCGAAAUCUUGAACGAUACCUUCGGCGGUACGCCUCUCUAUGACCCGAUCAUGGAUGUCCUCAAUUGCCUAGCGUUGAUGAAGAUCGCUGGAAUACAAAAAGGUCUUACUUGGGUAUCGGAUCACGCACAUGUUGAAUUCCCUCUUCUUGAGAAUGACACAUUCAGUCUUGGUGCCGUCCAGAGCCUUUCAUCGUCAAGCGACCCAGAUGAUUCGUUUCUUUCUCUUUCGGGCGAUGCUACUAGUGAUAGAAUCUCUAGUGCCGUCGCUCGAUUCAUCGAUACUAUUGAGGAUGGGAUUCGAACUGAAGCUCUUAUUUCGACUGGCAUUCUUCUCUUGUGGGUUUUCAUUGUCUUCACUGGAGUCAUUCGUGCCUUGACACUGUGGUACGGACGUGACAAGGUCCGUGGUGAUGGCGGUGAAUUUACCUCCUCUGUCACCACAGAAACCCGUUAUCAAACAUCCGAUCAAUUUCGUUCGGAGAAUCAAGAUCGAUAUAGCGGGUUUACCAAUAUUCCACUGUCAACAGUUCACACUAAUCAUCAUGUGCCUCCAAUGGAACCGGCUCCAAAAUACACACCAGCACCAAAAGACAUGGUAGUUCCAGAGGCUGAAUUUCAAGGACCAAAACUAGCCUCGCAAAGACCGCAAUCAUACGGCACGUCAAAUCCAUUUGGAGAUGACAAGCGGGCUGAUCUGUGGAACAGGGACUGA